GUUUGUGCGCGUGAGAGCGCGCGCCUGUGCGUGAGUGAAUGAGUGAGUGAGCGCGCGCAGACCCAGGAGGUCUUCAGGGAGGCGGGGACGCGCGUGGACCGACAGGCUUUAAUGAGAUGCGGUCAGAUAGAGAGCAGACAGACCGGAGGAGGAGUGAGACAGACGGGCACAGAGUGGACACACAGACAGGUGGACCGACGGACCGACGGGUGGACAGAGAGACAGACAGGCGGACAGGUGGGAUGGUGUCGGCCCGCUGACUCCACUCUCACCCGGGCUGUUUGAGUCAGUCGGACCGGAGAGGAGCGACACGGAGCCCGGACCAGCAGCCGCACAGACACGCACCGCAGCCGGGCACAGGAGAGGGGAACAUGGGCUCCGCUUCGUCCUCAUACCGGGUCAUCUACCUGGACGUGGACGGCAGGAUCCAGAAGGUGGUGUUCAGCAGAUUCUGCAGCCCGUGUGACAUUAAAGAGCUCUUCUGUACAGCCCUGGGUGUGCCGAGGAACACUAAUCUGUCCCUGCUGGAUUCGUCCGGCGCCAUGGUGUCCAUCGACCCCACCAUGCCACACAACACAGAGAGGUCACCGUACAGAGUGGUGCCAAUGACUGGAGGACAGCUCGCAGAUAAAGAGGAACUCUUUCAGAAUGUACUGACGCAAGUGGCGGAGCAGUUUUCAAGGGCGUUCAAGAUCAACGAGCUGAAGACCGAGGUCACCAACCGUCUCGCCAUGUUGGAGAAAAGAGUUGAGCUGGAGGGGAUGAAGGUGGUGGAGAUCGAGAAAUGCCGCAACGACAUCAAGAAGCUCCGCGAGGAGAUGGCGUCCAGAAACAACAGUAACUUCCUGGAGGACAAUAAGAAGCUGACUCCUCGCAGAGACGUUCCCUCGUACCCGAAGUACAUGCUGUCACAACACACCAUAGACGCCCUCAAAAAGCCCGCCUUCGACGUCUGGCUGUGGGAGGCCAACGAGAUGUUGAGCUGUCUGGAACACAUGUAUCACGACCUCGGCCUGGUCAAGGACUUCAACAUCAACCCCAUCACACUCAAGAGAUGGCUGCUUUGUAUUCACGACAACUACAAGAACAAUCCCUUCCACAACUUCCGUCACUGUUUCUGUGUCACUCAGAUGAUGUACAGCAUGAUCUGCCUGUGCAGCCUGCAGGAGAAGUUCACUCAGGUCGACAUUUUGAUUCUCAUGACAGCUGCUGUGUGUCACGACCUCGAUCACCCCGGAUUCAACAACACGUAUCAGAUCAACGCCAGAACCGAGCUGGCGGUUCGUUACAACGACAUCUCUCCUCUGGAGAACCAUCACUGUGCCGUGGCCUUCCAGAUCUUCUCUCAGCCCGACUGCAACAUCUUCUCCAACUUCGACCCCGAGGCCUUCAAACAGAUUCGACAGGGAACCAUCACGCUGAUCCUGGCCACGGACAUGGCUCGCCACGGCGAGAUCCUCGACUCCUUCAAACAGAAAGUGGACAGCUUCGACUACACGGACGAGGAACACGUCACCUGUCUGAAGAUGGUGCUCAUCAAGUGCUGCGACAUCUCCAACGAGGUGCGACCGAUGGAGGUGGCGGAGCCGUGGGUCGACUGCCUGCUGGAGGAGUACUUCAUGCAGAGCGACAGGGAGAAGGCUGAAGGACUUCCUGUGGCUCCGUUCAUGGACAGAGAAAAGGUCACCAAGCCGACGGCUCAGAUCGGCUUCAUCAAGUUCGUCCUCAUCCCGAUGUUUGAGACCGUGAUGAAGCUGUUCCCACAGAUCGAGGAGGCGAUGGUGCAGCCACUCAGAGAGUCGAGAGACCGAUACGAGGAGCUCAAACAGAUCGAUGACGCCAUGAACGAGGUGCAGAAGAAGAAGAGUGAGAACCUGACCAUGGGCGGGAAGAAGAAGUAAAAGGUUUUGAAAAGCUGUGAGCGUGGAGCACCAGACUAGUGAAGUGGCGUGAAGUUGUCGGGCAUGUUGGUCCGUGACGGGCUGAAGAAGAAGAAGAAGAAGAGGAGCGGGACAGGAAGUGGAUCUGUGAUGUCACAGCGGGGUGACGGAGCGGUCCGAGGCAGCGUUACAGAGUCCUGACGGAGCGGAGCAGCAGACGGACGACCCAAAGCCUUUUUCAGGAGAUGUCGACAUUUGUACAGCACAGACGACUUCAGUGAACAAUAUUUAGAUACAUAUCUUCUUGUUUUUUAUUUGAAAUGUGUUGUUUUUUACAGAUUGUACAGAUUUUUAGUGACUUUUGUUCUUUCAUAUUAAAAAAAUAAAAGAUUAAUUAUAAAA